GAAGUAAGACAAUCUCCCGAAAAGCCCACGCCUGCCGACAUGGCCGGGAAAACCGCGCAAGACAAAGGCGCGAAAGGAGGGAAGGGGAAGAAAGACGGCAAGAGCGGAGUAGACCCGAGGUCCUUGAAGGAGGAGUCGGAGGCCGAAAGGGCCAAAGCCGCAGCGGCGCUAUGGGAGGCCAGGUUGGAGGUAACGGAGAUCUCCCGCAAAGAGUACCGCGAGGCUGCUCGCCGCCUCGCCCGGGACAACGAACAGCUGGAACGGCAGCAGCGGCGGCUGGAGAAAGAUACGGUCGACGUGAUGUCCUUCCUCAAGAAACAAGAGGCGGAAAAGGAAGACUUGAUUGAGAAGUUGAAACAGCAGGUGAAUGAAUUGAAGCUCAGAGCAAAAGAAGAAAGCGAACAAGCGGCAGAACUAUUUGCCAAACAGUUAGAAGAGUUGGAGGAGAAAUUUCAUGGAAAGGCUAAGGAAAUUGGUCUAAUUCAGAUUGAACUUAAGAUGAUCAAAGAAUUUCGCAAAAAGAAAGCGCUUUUGGAGAAAGAAUUAGAAGAUCUGAAAGAUACCUUGGAUAUCACAAAAAGAGAACAUCAGGAAACUAUUAGUAUGUUGGAGAAAAAGUUCAUUGAAGAAAAGCAACGGCUGGAAAGAGAAGCAGAGAAGAAGAUUAUAAUGCUGGCUGAAAGAGCCCAUCAUGAAGCCAUUGCGCAGUUGGAUAAUGCUGGACGAGCAGUUUUUACAGAGAAUGUUCGUCUUCAAGAGGCUCUGGCUUAUCACAUGAAAGAGACAGAAGAGUUAAAAAAUAUCAAGGAAAAAUUGGAAGAGAGCAAUGCCUUCCACUUGCAGGAAAAGGAAACCAAAGACCUUAUGAUUAAGGAGAAGAUUCUACAAAUUACUCAGCAGAAAACACUAAUCCAGGAGCUUCAAAACAAGGUUAAAAAACUAGAAGAAGCAGUUAAUUAUAUGGCUGCAGAAUUUAAAAUAGAAAUAAAAAAAACAGAAGAGAAGGCUUUGGUACAGAAUCAAGCAGCUUGGACAGAAAUUGAAAAGCUGGAGCAGCUGCUGAAAAUGAAAGAAAGAGAAAUGAGUAGAGUGAAGAAAUUAGCCAGGAACAUCUUGAAUGAAAGGACAGAAGUGGAGAAAUUCUUCUUAGAUGCUCUGGAGCAAGUCAAACAAGAGAUUAUAAGCAGCAGGAAGUGUUACAAGCAGGUGGCCCAAGUCGCCUAUCAAAGGAAAAUGAUGGCAGCAUUUGCAGGGAAAGAGGAAUACCCCAAAAUCAGAACAUUUAAUGACAGUGCAUAUAGCACAAAUAGUGUGCAAAUGGACCUUUUGGAAGCAGAGAAAUGGACAAAUAUUCAGAAGGGGAAGGUGGACAUUUCUGAACUGACCUGGGAGCAGAAGGAAAGAGUAUUGAGGUUACUGUUUGCAAAAAUGAAUGGCUUAAAACACCGGAAACAUAGCCACGUUUUGGUUCCAGUAACACCAAGCAAUUUUAAUUUUGCAGAAACAAAAGCAUCUGAAGAUGAUGCCGUUCCUGUCUAUGCUUUCAUCACUCAGCAGGCACCAUUAUCUGAAUCAUCUCAUAAAUCAUCACCCCUCCCAGAUAUUCAGCUUAUACCACCUGAGUAGAUUAGCAUGGAUGCUAAUCACAAACUCACUGAAAUUAUAAUUAUUCUUUUCUUAACAUUUAACCACCUCAGAAGUGUAAGGUUACUCAUGCUGUAGCAAUGAAAUCACUGUUUUUGUGUGUUAUAAUCUGGCUUUACAUCAGGUCAUCUUGAAAGAUAACAUAAUUGCUUCUUUAAAGAAAUAAUUGAUGGCUUUCUUCAAAAAGUAGACACACAUUAAUUCAUUAUCUUAAGAAGUUAUUUGAAGGGUUGUGUAUUCUUGAAUAAAAUUGAUUAAAAUAUAUUCACAAGUAUUUUAAAAGCAUUUUUUGUGAAAAAGUAAUAAGGAUUCUGGUAAGGAAAUAUCUCUGAAAGGAGUGUCCAGUGGGUCUGGGGUUGUCUAAUAUGAGAUACAGAUGAACAAUUUUUUUUUCAGGUUUAUAUACUGAAUCUUUCUCUCACAUAUGAAUAUCAGGAGAUAAAAUACCAGUGGCAGAGUCUGGCAAUUUUGAUUUUUCUUAAAGACAUCUUUUAUUUUCAUCUAAGCCUUUUACUUGCUUUCAAUAUUUUCAACCAGCAUGGCCAACGAUUACCACUGAUUAAUCCAAAACAUUUACAAACCCACUGAUCAUUGUCCCUGAACAAAGGCAUGAUUUAGCAUCAUGUUCAAAUAAAAACCAGUGUUUACAGUUUGAUUUUGUAUUAGAAGGAUUUCUACUAUUAGAUUACUAGUUUGAAGAAAACCAAAAGACUUCUGAAUUUAGUAGCAUUUAUUCAUGAUUAACAUCAAUAUGCAACUUUCAAGCAUAUGGAUGAAUAACCUCUUCAGGUAAUAGUGAUCAGUUUUUAAGCACCUGUUAGGUACAAAAGCUAAUUUGAUUAGACAAUAGAAAGCAAUAGCAUAUUUUUCAAAUUUACGGAAAGAUCUUCUGAUUUUUUUAAAAAAAACUCCAUGUGAAGACCAUAUGUAGCCCAAAAUAGCAUCACUAUUAUCAUCCUCUAUCUUUACAUUUGAAUUAAAUGUAUCACUCAUAGCUAAUCAGUACAUACUAUAUUGCUGAACAACCCAGAGAUCUCAAGAUCAAUAAUAUGUAUACUUGUAUAUAAAAUCACAAACGUCUUUGUAACUAGUGCUAGAAUCUACCCUUCUCCACAUAUAUUUGACUUAAUGAAAAAUAUCACAAUCAGAUUAAGGCAAUAUUGAUAGAAUAUAUUGCCUCUAUAAAAAAUACGUUGCUUUCUUAUGCCAUUUGUUCAGCACUACUAAAACCAAAGCUCAAACACACAUCUAGUUCCAAAUAUAUUCAGUGCAUAAAUAGUAUGUAGGCACAUUCAUGUAUAAAAUUAAAAUUCAUUGAUUUUAUAUGGCUAAAGGGAACUAAAAUUCUAGUGAAGUUAAGGCUUCACUGCUUCUCGACAAGGCCAUGCUCUCAAAACAGCUCUAUGAAAUGUUCUCCUGAAUUUGCCUCUCCCGAAAUUUACUUGCCCCAUCUUAGUAUGAGAUACAAUGAUUCUAGCAUAUGCAGGGUUUCUUGCAAAAAAUAAAUCUUAAA